AUGGCAGAUGAAAUCCUACAACACGACUCUUCUAUUGGCAGCAACCUUUCGAACAGCGAAGAAACACGAAUGCUAGGAGAAGAUGAUUUUCUCACUGAAGCUGACGAGCAGCUCGAUCCUGCGUUGAAAGCACGUGUCAAGGAGAUGGAAGACGAGGUAGAAAAGCUGAAACAGCUGCAAUCAGAGCUCGCUGUACAAAUGAACGAUGUAGAUGAUGCACCGAGUACCUCUAAAUGGGUACCACCCAUUCUGACAGCGGAAGAGAAGGCAGAGAUCGAUGGUCGCUCGAUCUACGUUGGGAAUGUAGACUACGGGGCCACAGCGGAAGAACUUCAAAAACACUUUACCGGAUGUGGCCCUAUCUAUCGCGUGAACAUCAUGUGUCAUAAAGCGGGUGGUCAGCCGAAAGGUUAUGCCUACAUUGAGUUCGGUGAGAAGGAUUCGGUUGAAACUGCGCUUGCCAUGAAUGAUAGCCUUUUCCGUGGACGGCAGAUAAAAGUGAAUGCCAAGCGUACCAAUCGACCUGGAAUGAGUACAACCAAUCGGUUCCCUCGGGGAUCACGGGGACGACGAUCCUUUGGAAUCACACGGGGUUGCAGAUAUGGAGGAUAUCGAGGGGCAACACGCAGACCCGCUCGUGGUGGGUACCGUGGGAGAGCGUCAUUCUUUGCUCCGUAUUAG